UAGUAUUUGUUGCUAUUUCUGCCACCAGCUCCGUUUAAACUUUAGUUGAGACAAUAAAAUGUAAUUUUCGACUGCGACACACGCGUUCCCUUAUCCGUGUUUGUGCGCUCGCUCGCGUGUGUGAGUGGAGUGUUUUGUUAAUAAUAUUUGACCCCCGCUGGCCAAAUUGGCGACUUUGAUUUCAGUCGCCAAAUUGAAUCGAAUCGAAUGUUGGGUCUGCCGGAUGGACUAGCUCUGUCGUUCUGUCAGUCGUGAGGAAUGUGUAAUGCGAGAGUGCCAGUGUCUGAGAGUGUCAGCGGGUUCAAUCAACUGUACUAUUCCAGUAGUAUGACAUUCCCCAACUAGUCUGGAGAAACGGCAAAAGAUAGUGGAAUAAGCCGAGCGCCUUAGCGAAGAGAGCACAGAUACAUGCUCAAUGAAUGCCAUGAAUUACCAUAUGAAAACAAUAAAAUAAAAUCAUAUUUUGUUAUGUUAUUUGUUUUGCAAAAACAAAUACGUAACAUUUUAAUGCAGCAACAGAAGUGGCAGCGGCAGCGGCAGGAGAGCGCUCUGCUGCUCUGAGAGCGAGCACCACAGAGCACAAAGCAAGAGAGUGAUAAGUGAGAGCGACCGACUCUCUGUCGUUUGGCGCUGGUCGCUUUUAUAACGGACCCUCACCGAAGCCGUAGUUGAGUCAAGUGACGUUCGAAGACGGCGGCGCAGAGGCCAGAAAAAACACAACAAAUAUUAAAGUACAUAUUAUUUUGCCCCGUUUGAUUGAUAUAAAUGAAUAUGCAGUGCGGCCCAGUUAUACAGUUAUACAACUGGAACAAAAUCAUUCUGUUACAAGUGUGUGUGUGCAAUCCUCCGUCUGCUCUUUCUCCGGAUUUUAAUUAAACGCAAGAGAUGAAUAUCACACAGCCAUAUCCAUAGAAAUAGCAGCAGCCAAAGCAGCAAAAAGUGUAAAAGUGCAAUAAAAAUUAAAAAUUAAAGUGCCAAAAGCCAGACAACAAUAAUAAAAGUUCAACAAAAUCAAAGUAAUAAAACAAACAAAAACAAACACCAUACCCGGCAGCGACUUUAAUUAUAACGAGCCACUGAGCCCGAAUCACAUAAAGAAAUCAACAAGUGUGCUUGUCUGGGUCUGGUCUCUCACGUCUGUUUCGCUUUCAUUCAUGCGCUCAAAAGCAGCGCACCGACUACAGCCACAACAAUAACGCUAACAAAAGCUGAUAAAAGCCCAGCAGCAGCAGCAACAACACAAAAAACAACCACAGUUACAUACAGCUACAACGCCAGUUAGAACUCUCUGUCUGACCGAAAGAUAGAAACAGACAGAGAAAAAGACGACUGCUUUGAGGGCAUUACUCUUUGACUAUGUGAUUGGAUCUUAAAACUAUAACCAUAUAAUGAAGCAUCCACAAGAUCUGAGGAUCACCGAUGGACAGCAGCUAUUGAAGAUCAACAAGGUGGAGGAAAUGGAGCACGAGCUGCAUGAAUCUGAAUCGGAAAGCCAUAUUAUGCACGCGGAUGCCCUGGCCUCUGGCUAUCCACCGGCAUCGCAGCCCCACAGUCCCAUCGGCCACGCCCUCAGUCCCAAUGGCGUCGGGCUGGGCCUGAGCAACAGCAGCAACCAGAGCAGCGAGAACUUUGCGCUCUGCAAUGGAAGCGGAAACGGGAAUGGCGUCGGAAGCGGUACCCCCAGCAACAACAACAACGUGUACUCGCCCAACAACAACCACAGCGGGGGCGGCAGCAGCAGCGGUGGAGCUGGAAUCGGUGGCGCCACCAGUCAGCAGCAACAGCUCCAGGGGCAGCAGCAGCAAGCGCAAUCCCCUACGGUGUGUGCCAUCUGCGGAGAUCGAGCGACGGGCAAGCACUAUGGGGCCUCCAGCUGCGACGGCUGCAAGGGAUUCUUCAGGCGGAGCGUGCGCAAGAACCACCAGUACACAUGCAGGUUCUCGAGGAACUGUGUGGUGGACAAGGACAAGAGGAACCAGUGCCGGUACUGCCGCCUGAGGAAGUGCUUCAAGGCGGGCAUGAAGAAGGAGGCGGUGCAAAACGAGCGGGAUAGGAUCAGCUGCCGUCGCACCUCCAACGAUGACCCGGACCCGGGCAAUGGGCUCUCUGUGAUUUCGCUGGUAAAGGCAGAGAACGAGUCACGGCAGUCGAAGGCGGGCGCCGCCAUGGAGCCGAACAUCAAUGAGGAUCUCUCGACCAAGCAGUUUGCCAGCAUCAACGAUGUCUGCGAGUCGAUGAAGCAACAGCUGCUCACCCUCGUGGAGUGGGCCAAGCAGAUACCAGCCUUCAAUGAGCUGCAGCUGGACGAUCAGGUGGCCCUACUGCGCGCACAUGCCGGUGAGCAUCUGCUCCUGGGUCUCUCACGGCGAUCGAUGCACCUGAAGGACGUCCUGUUGCUGAGCAACAACUGUGUCAUCACCAGGCACUGUCCAGAUGCUGGAGUGUCGCCCAAUUUGGACAUAUCGCGGAUUGGCGCCCGCAUCAUCGACGAACUGGUGACAGUAAUGCGGGACAUUGGCAUCGACGACACGGAAUUCGCCUGCAUCAAGGCGCUGGUCUUCUUCGAUCCAAAUGCCAAGGGCCUGAAUGAACCGCAUCGCAUCAAGUCGCUGCGCCACCAGAUACUCAACAAUCUCGAGGACUACAUAUCCGAUCGGCAGUACGAGUCACGCGGUCGUUUCGGUGAGAUUUUGCUCAUCUUGCCGGUCCUGCAGUCCAUCACCUGGCAGAUGAUCGAGCAGAUACAGUUCGCCAAGAUCUUUGGCGUGGCCCACAUCGAUUCCCUGCUGCAGGAGAUGCUCCUGGGUGGAGAACUGGCGGACAAUCCGCUGCCGUUGUCGCCACCCAAUCAGUCCAACGACUAUCAGAGCCCCACCCACGCCACCAAUUUGGAUGGCAGCCAAGUAAACUCCACGCUGGACACGCUGGCUUCGGCGACCAUUGCCGCCUCGCAGGCCCUCGACCUGGACGUGCAGCACAUACAGGCCCUUAUCCAGGGCAACAACAAUGAUGAUUCGUUCCGGGCCUAUACCGCCAGUACGGCAGCAGCCGCUGCCGCAGCCUCAUCCUCCUCCACGCCCACAGCUGUCGCUCCGGCUUCCAUCUCGCCGCCCUUGAACAGCCCCAAGUCACAACAACAACAGCAACAGCAUCAGCUGCAGAGCACGUCUCAUCAGCAGCAGCAGCAACAGCAGCAGGACAGCCCCUAUAUGGAUGCAGCCAUCAAGCACUACAAUGGCAGCCGGACGUCGGCAUCCUUGCAGCCACACCAUAGUCCCCAGCGCAUGCAUCCGUACCAAAGAACGGUCACGUCGCCGGUCGACGGGCUGGGCCUGCGCAAUCCUGCUGACAUUACGCUGAACGAGUACAAUCGGAGCGAGGGCAGCAGCGCCGAGGAGCUGUUGCGGCGCACGCCGCUCAAGAUACGCCCUCCCGAGCUGCUGACGGCACCGUCUGGCUAUGGCAUGGAACCCUGUCGCAUGACGCUGAAGCAGGAACCGGAAACGGGAUACUAAGCUUCGCUUCUUAUUACGAUAAGACUCUACUGGUGCAAUAGGCAGUAUGCAAUAGGAAUUAUUCCACCAACCCCCCCACAUAUACAGGCCCCCCUCUUGCUGUACAAUCCAAUCCAAACCCCCACCAAGUGCUAUACAGAAAUGAAAUGAAAAGCUUACUUAAUUGUUGUUAUGCCUUGAAACCUUUUUGAUACUUUUUUGAUUAGCUCUUAAGUAGGUAUUUUGGAAAUUGUUGCUUAAUUUGUAAACGUUUAACGCAGUUGCAAUCUAUUUUUGGAGUCAAUAUUUUGCUCAAGAACUUUAUUACUAUGAUAUAAAACAUAUUAUUUACACCAUUUAAUACAUGUAAACACCCACAUCUAGCAUGUACUGAAUUUGUUGGUUAUUUGGUUACGUUACCUUCUUUAUCCUUGUGCGUCUGCAACGAUCACAAAAGCGUACAGUUCGUACAGGCCAUGCAAUAUAUUGUUUAGGUUAGGGUGUUGUCUAGAAUAUGCGCUGAAUGUGUGUAAAAUACGAGUAAACUAUAAAGCUAAGCGAAGAAAUAUUUGUACUGUAUGAGUAUGUAUAAAAUACACAAACAUUAUCUGUAAGAUGGCUGAAUGAAUAAAAAAACAAAAU